AAAGUGAGGAAACCUCCAGACGAAAUGACAAACUCAGCAAUGGCGUCGGCAGUGGCGCAACAGCAACAGCCUGAGUUGCAAAACAUAUCGGAUCUACUUGAGACUCUCACCACGUCCCUUUCCACCACUGGAACGUCCCUUCCCAGCACUAAGCGCGAAUCCCCUACGGAAGUCUCUAUUUUACCGCCGCAGGAUGGCAUUUCGUUGCUCGACACCAAAUGCGAACUGCUUCUUUCGUAUCUUCAAAAUCUCGUUUUUUUGAUGAUCCUUCAACUGAGGGAGCUGCCUUCAAAUGAUGCCGCAGAUGAGAAAGGCGACGAUUCCCAGUCGAUCCGAGCGCAAGUGACGAGUAAAUUAGUCGAACUUCGCACAUACCUGGACCGUGGAGUCCGGCCUUUGGAAGGCAGACUGAAGUAUCAAGUGGACAAAGUUGUCAAGGCAGCAGAAGAAGCGGAAAGGGCUGAAAAGAGUUCUCAGGCCACCAAGCCAAGCAAGUCUGAAGGCGACGAUGAGAGCGAUAAUGAGGGAUCAGCAUCGGACAAUUCCAGCAGCGAAGAAGGUAGCGACAGCGAGGAGGACGAAGACAUUGACGAAAUGGCUUAUCGGCCUAACGUGUCCGCAUUCUCUAAGAAGAUGGUGCCAGAGGCAAAGGCGGAUAAGACUGCGCGAAAAACUUCGAGCGACGGCAUCUACCGACCACCGAAGAUCAUGCCAACAGCCAUGCCUACUACUGAGCGUAAGGAGCGCAAGGAACGACCUAUCCGCAGAUCCAAUGUUAUCGAUGAGUUUGUGAGCGCUGAAAUGUCGUCCGCGCCGAUGGCUGAGCCUAGCAUCGGUAGCACAAUCGUCUCGGGAGGCCGACACACAAAGAGCAGGAAAGAAAGAGAGCACGAAGCAGAGCGGACUCGCUACGAAGAAACCAACUUCGUCCGUUUGGCAGGUGAAAGCAAGAAGGAACGUGCGAAGAAGGCGGCGGCUCGUCGUGCUGAAGGGACAUUCGGAGGCGAGGAAUGGAAAGGCCUCACUGAGGGCGCAGAUCGCAUCACACGACUCACAAAACGGGCCAAAGGAAGCAGUAGUGCGCUGGAGAGGAGUCGGAAGCGCAAACUCACCGAAGACGGGCAGCGCGGGGAUGGUGCUGGAGUUGGUCAAAUCUUUGAGAAGCGCCGGAAGAAGAUUGAAUCCUGGAAGCGAUAGUGCCUUGCUGUCUCAAAAGUCAAUUGUCUUGAAUCGAUUUGGAGUACGUCUGCUCUAUGUGUUAUCCAUAGAUUACCCUUUUGCAUCAGCGCUGUGAUUCUGACGCCAGCCAAAUGGUGUUAGACAACCAAUUCCAUAACU